CUGUCCCGCUCCCGGGCGGGCUGCUGGGAGCGCAGGGCCCGGGCCCGGGAGCAGCUGGGGCAGGUGAGGGUGGCGACGCAGCGCGGGAGGGACUAGCGGGCGGCCGUCGGGUCCCGCCGCCCAGGGCUGAGCCGCCUCCUCUCUUCCUCCUCUGCACGCAGGGCCCGCGAUGGAGCCGGCAGCCGGGGGUCGCGCGCCGCCCUGAGCGCCCCGGCCCGCGGCCAUGCUGCCCCGAAGGCGCCCCCGGGCGCUGGGGGCCGCCGCGCUGCUGCUGCUGCUGCUGCUGCUGCUGCUGAUCGGAUUCUUCCUGUUCGACGGACGGCUGCGGGCAGCCGCUGCCCUCGACGGAGACCCGCGGGCGGAACAGGGCGGCCACAACCGCUCCGACUGCGGCCCGCGGCUGCCGCCCAAGUGCGAGCUCUUGCAUGUGGCCAUUGUGUGUGCGGGACAUAACUCCAGCAGAGAGGUCAUCACAUUGGUGAAGUCCAUGCUCUUCUACAGGAAAAAUCCGCUGCACCUGCACUUGGUGACUGAUGCCGUGGCCAGAAACAUCCUGGAGACACUCUUCCACACGUGGAUGGUGCCCGCUGUCCGUGUCAGCUUUUAUGACGCUGAGAAGCUCAAGCCCCAGGUCUCCUGGAUCCCCAACAAGCACUACUCUGGCCUCUACGGGCUAAUGAAGCUGGUGCUGCCCAGUGCCCUACCCCCUGGCCUGGCCCGAGUCGUUGUCCUGGACACAGAUGUCACCUUUGCCUCUGACAUCGCGGAGCUCUGGGCACUCUUUGCUCAUUUUUCUGACAAGCAGGUGAUCGGGCUCGUGGAGAACCAGAGCGACUGGUACCUGGGCAACCUCUGGAAGAACCACAGGCCCUGGCCUGCCUUGGGUCGGGGAUUUAACACAGGUGUGAUCUUGCUGCAGCUGGAUCGGCUCCGGCAAGCCGGCUGGGAGCAGAUGUGGAGGGUGACAGCCAGCCGGGAGCUCCUCACCCUGCCUGCCACCUCACUGGCCGACCAGGACAUCUUCAAUGCUGUGAUCAAGGAGCACCCGGGGCUGGUGCAGCCCCUGCCCUGCAUCUGGAAUGUGCAGCUGUCGGACCACACGCUGGCCGAGCGCUGCUACUCUGAGGCCUCUGACCUCAAGGUGAUCCACUGGAACUCACCAAAGAAGCUUCGGGUGAAGAACAAGCACGUGGAAUUCUUCCGCAACUUCUACCUGACCUUCAUGGAGUACGAUGGGAACCUGCUGCGGAGAGAGCUCUUUGGGUGCCCCAGCCAGCCCCCGCCUGGGGCCGAGCAGCGGGCCCUGGCACAACUCGACGAGGAAGAUGCCUGCUUCGAGUUCCGGCAGCAGCAGCUCACUGUGCACCGUGUGCACAUCACCUUCCUGCCCCAUGAACCACCACCCCCCCGGCCUCACGAUGUCACACUGGUGGCCCAGCUCUCCAUGGACCGGCUGCAGAUGCUAGAAGCCCUGUGCAGGCACUGGCCGGGCCCCAUGAGCCUGGCCUUGUACCUGACAGACGCAGAGGCCCAGCAGUUCCUGCGUUUCGUCGAGGCCUCCCCAGUGCUCUCUGCCCGGCAGGACGUGGCCUACCAUGUGGUGUACCGAGAGGGUCCCCUCUACCCUAUCAACCAGCUCCGCAACGUGGCCUUGGCCCAGGCCCUCACGCCUUACGUCUUCCUCAGUGACAUUGACUUUCUGCCUGCCUACUUCCUCUAUGACUACCUCAGGGCCUCCAUCGAGCAGCUGGGGCUGGACAGCCGGCGCAAGGCGGCCCUGGUGGUGCCGGCAUUCGAGACCCUGCACUACCGCUUCAGCUUCCCCACUUCCAAGGCAGAGCUGCUGGCCUUGCUAGACGCCAGUGCUCUCCACACCUUCAGGUACCACGAGUGGCCCCAGGGUCAUGCACCCACAGACUACACCCGCUGGCGGGAGGCUGAGGCCCCAUACCGUGUGCAAUGGGCAGCCGACUACGAGCCCUACGUGGUGGUGCCUCGUGACUGUCCCCGCUAUGACCCCCGCUUCGUGGGCUUUGGCUGGAACAAGGUGGCCCACAUCGUGGAGCUGGAUGCACAGGAAUAUGAGUUCCUGGUGCUGCCUGAGGCCUUCACCAUCCACCUGCCCCAUGCUCCAAGCCUUGACAUCUCCCGCUUCCGCUCCAGCCCCACCUAUCGUGACUGCCUCCAGGCCCUCAAGGACGAGUUCCACCAGGACUUGUCUCGCCACUAUGGGGCUGCGGCCCUCAAAUACCUCACUGCCCUGCAGCAGCCCCGAAGCCCAGCCUGAGCCUACUAGGCAUGGGCUCACCCCUGCCCCUCGCCUUGGCUCCCACGUGCACCCCUGCAGACACUGGAGCAACCUUGCCACCCUGCCACC